CCCAGAGUCAGGUCUCGGGACCGCAGGGACGUCAGUCUGCCUGGAGGAGGGGGAGAGUUCAGCACCGUCCGAUGAGUUCAUCCACUACGUCUCAGCGGGGACCGUUUGUCCAAGUAGUGCCGUGCCAUGCUGCUGUGCUGAAGCUGCUUGAGCCCUGGAAGGGGACCCGAGAGGAGCAGGGGAGGAGAUCAGAGGAGGAAGGGAGGGGAGGAGGGGCGGGGAGCACUGAGCACAGCGAGUGACUGGACUGUGUAUUGAAGGUGAAGAUCAGCACCACGAAGAGACAACAGUAGGAGACGUUGUAAAGGCCAUGGAGGUUCCGCGUGUGGACGACAGCACCAGCAGCCCUGUCAGCCGUUGUGACGACAUGAUGAAGAACCUGAACCUGGACUUGAUACAGCCGAGUGACAGGGAAGGAGACAACUCUCAGGACAGCAGCAUCGCGGAAAAGGAGGAUCUUCCUGUUCCUCAGAACGUCAAGAUCACCAACAUCACCUGUGACUCCUUCAAGAUCAACUGGGACAUGGACUGUAGAGCCAAGGACCACAUCACUAACUACUUCAUAGACCUCAACAAGAAGGAGCACAAUAACUCCAACAAGUUCAAACACAAGGAUGUCCCCACUAAGCUGGUGGCGAAGGUGGUGCCACUGCCCAUGACAGUGAGAGGCCACUGGUUCCUGAGCCCCAGGACAGAUUACACUGUAGCUGUUCAGACUGCCUCCAAACAGAGUGACGGGAACUAUGCUGUCUCUGAAUGGAGUGAGAUCAUUGAAUUCUACACUGCAGACUACUCUACUGUGCAUCUGAUACAGUUGCUGGAGAAGGCCGAGGGGAUAGCUGGUAGGAUGUUGAGAUUCUCAGUGUUUUAUCGGAACCAGCAGGAUGACUACUUCAAUAAAAUGAGAGAGACACAGGACAACCGGAUGCUCCCGACUGUAAAGGACAACAGUGGCAGCCACGGCUCUCCCAUCAGUGGCAAGCUGGAAGGCAUCUACUUCAGCUGCAACACGGAGUUCAACACAGGCAAGCCCCCCCAGGACUCCCCCUACGGACGCUACCGCUUCCAGAUCCAGGCCGAGGUCCUGUUCAACCCCAAGACCAACCUGUACUUCGGGGACUUCUACUGCAUGUACACAGCCUACCACUACGUGAUCCUGGUGCUGGCCCCAGAGGGCUCCCCAGGGGACCGAUUCUGUAAGGGCCGCCUCCCGGCGCUGGACAUCUUAGACAACUGCUUCCUGACAUGCACCCUGGAGGAGGAGGAGGAGGGGGAGCGGCUGGUGUUCCACCACGCCCAGGAUGUGAUUCUGGAGGUGAUUUACACCGAGCCCGUGGACCUGGCCCUAGGCAGCGUGGAGGAGAUCCAAGGACACCAGCUCAGUAGCAUGUCCACCAUCAAUGCUAAGAAGGACCCCAGUUGCAAGACCUGCAACAUCAGUGUGGGACGCUAACCAGCAAACUGUGGGGGAGGGAGGGGCGUUACGACGAGGUCCCUGCAGUUCUACGGAUAAUAAUACUUCUCUGACCCUAUUGGCUGUGGUGAUUCUCUAAUCUUAUUGGCUGUGGUGAUUCUCUAACCCUAUUGGUUGUGGUGAUUCUCUAACCCUACUGGCUGUGAUGAUUCUCCAACCCUACUGGCUGUGGUGAUUCUCUAACCCUGUUGGCUGUGAUGAUUUUCCAACCCUGUUGGUUGUGGUAAUUCUCCAACCCUACUGGCUGUGGUGAUUCUCUAACCCUAUUGGCUGUGGUAAUUCUCUAACCCUAUUGGCUGUGGUGAUUCUCUAACCCUAUUGGCUGUGGUGACUCUCUAACCCUAUUGGCUGUGGUGAUUCUAACAGUCAUAUUAUACAUAUUAACAGUCUAACAGCCAUAUUAUACAGGUACAAUGUAAUGAUAUGCCAAAGGUAACAACACCUUGACCAAGCUGCUAGAAACACGCCGUGGUAACAGCUUCAACAAGGCAUAAUGGAUUAGUAUUACAUAACAUGGUCUUGUAAUGGAAUGUGAUUACUUGAUCAUUCUACGGUAGUGAUUCAUUCCGAUCGUGGGUUAUAGGUAUUGCGGUUUUUAAAGACAAGUUCCUACGGAGCUGACAUAUCCAGCGUUUACAGUGAAUGGGAUCUCCACGAAUGAAGGAACAAUACCUAUAACCUGCAAUGGCAUUGAAUCCCAGCCUGAAGCAUGGCAGGUUGCAGCAUUACACUGAUGUCUGAUGUCUUCACAUCCUCGUUGUUGUCUGAUGGGUUCUGUGUUAUAUGUAUUGUAAUCAUUAACAGAAACCACAUUAUCCUGUGUUCAACAUAAUAAACAUCA